AUGAUCAAUCGAGACGCUAGCUACCUCAAGUCUUUGAACCAAGAACACCGUGUGAUUCGUUUACUCUAUCAUCGUAACAAAAAUCAGCAUCGGAAGUCUAUAUGGUGGGCUCAGUUUAACCAACUGAAGCGAUGUGUUUCGAAUGUUAUCGCUGUGAUUGAACGGGGGAAAUCCUCAUCAGCGAAAAAGAGAAAAGAGCUAUGCUCAUUAGUAGGGAGAUUUACUGGGAGACAAGCCGGAAAAUUUUACUAUAGUUUCAAUGGAAUCAUUAGUUUGGGGCAAUUUGUUACGCUUGGCAUAGUUCUUGUCGGGAUUUUGGCUAGAGUAUAUGAUUUGUUUCUAAGAAUUGAAAAAGAACUCGAUCUAGAGAGCUCUAAAAAGGCUGACGAAAGCGUGGGUUUCGCUUGUCCGCGCAUGAGUGAGCAGGAUUUGAGGAGGUUAACAGUUGAAGAUUUUGGCGAAGAGAUUGCAGAGACCUUAAGCACGAACAAACCGGUCAUACAAGAGACGGGGCAAAGAAAUCCUGAGACUGAGAUAAAGCAAAAGAAAAAGAAGAAAAAGGGCCAGCGGAAGAAGUCUGCAAUUGAUGACAUUUUUGGUUAA